CUUAUUAAGUCAUAAAUUUCCAAAAGAUAACAUUCCAUAUCCAUUGCUGUUGACACUUACAUAUAUCUUGGUUAGUUAACAUCAGGGAUGUUUUAUCUUGAUCUUGUAUUUUGUUAUCCGUGAUGCUAAAGCAAGAUGGAUGAAUGGAGAGUCUAAUGUAUUUUGAAGCAUAUAGGAUCUAAUUUAAAACUUUUUGGCCAAAUAAUGUAAUUAAAACUUAUAUAUGAGAAGUUAAACUGUCCAAUUGGCAUUCAAGUUUUGAUAGGUUAACUCUGGCCUCCACCUUUUGUUCAUUUCAAAGUCCAACUUAAUAUGUAAUCUUUUGAUUCCUAAAAAAAAUGUUACUGUCUGUUUUGAUUUACACUGUCUCUUUGAAAUAGAUUCGUGCACAUGCAAAGUACACAGGAAUUCCUUUAUUGGGUGAUGAGGUAUAUGGAGGGACAAAGAACAUGGCCUUGUCAUUGCUGCGGCCUAGAACCUCACCCAGCUAUCAUGGUGAACUUUCAGAACUGAUUUCUGGAUUAGAGCGGCCUUGCCUUCAUGCUUUGUCUCUUGGUUUCCAGCACCCAUAUACAGGUGAGAAUGUACACUUUUCAUGCCCACCUCCUUCAGAUUUUGCUGAUGUGUUGAGGCAGCUUCGCAAAAUUAGCACAGAGAAGGCAUCUUAUUAAGAUACUUAUCUUUUCUGGUAAUUCAUAUUAAUCUGAUUAUUACUCUUAUGUGGAAUUAGCAAAAACCCAUUAUUUGAUAUUGGGUUUUCAAUGAUUAAAUUGAUCAGUUAGAAUUGCAAAAAUCGGUAAAUACAAUCAUCAUUUAAUUUGCAAUUUCUUAAAUAGUGUAGAAUUAGCAUGGACAAGGACUUAGAAAACUAGCGAACUGUUAAUAUACUCAUCCAAUGUUGCUUUUUCUCGCACAAUUUAUAUGUGAUGUGACUGCAGAUGUGCUGAUGGAAGCACGCUUAUAUCCAAGGUGGGAUUUAAUGAAAAAUUGGUAUUUCA